GUGAAGCUGCUGGAUCGCUACGGCAGCAGGAGGGCAGCGAGCGGGACCCUGUACCUGACAGCCACACACCUCAUCUACGUGGAUACCUCUGCUGAAGUCAGGAAGGAAACAUGGAUCCUGCACCACCACAUCUGCAGCGUGGAGAAGCUGCCCCUGACCACAGCUGGGUACCCCCUGCUCAUCCACUGCAAGAACUUCCACGUGGCUCACUUUGUCAUUGGGCAGGAGAGGGACUGCCACGACGUGUUCACCUCCCUGCUCAAGCUCUCCCAGCCAGUGAAACCUGAAGAACUUUAUGCUUUCUCUUACAACCCCAAAAUGUCCAGAGAGAGCCGGGAGAUGGGCUGGAAGCUGAUAGAUCUGAAACUGGAUUAUCAGCGCAUGGGGAUCCCCAACGACUGCUGGGAGAUCACAGACAUUAACAAGGACUAUGAGGUUUGCAGCACAUACCCUCCUGAGAUCGUGGUGCCUCGAGCUGCCAGCAGGGCCGUGGUGAUGGGGAGUUCAAGGUUCAGGAGCCGAGGGCGGAUUCCGGUGCUUUCCUACUUGUACAAGGAAAACAAUGUGAGUGCUUCACGUCUGUCUGUGUGUCUGGCCGGGUUCAGCGCGCGCUGCCUGGAGGACGAGCAGAUGCUCCAGGCCAUCCGAGAGGCCAACCCCGGCUGCCCCUUCAUGUAUGUUGUAGACACGAGGCCAAAGUUGAAUGCCAUGGCCAACAGAGCUGCUGGGAAGGGCUAUGAGAAUGAAGAUAAUUAUGAAAACAUUCGUUUUAAAUUCAUUGGCAUCGAGAACAUCCAUGUGAUGAGGAGCAGCCUGCAGAAACUGCUGGAAGCUGUUUCAUUUUGCUUUUUUAAGCAAAUUAAUGCUCUUUUCUUAAUCCCUGCUUUGAACCUGCAGGUGCUGAUAGAAAAGGAGUGGAUUGCAAUGGGCCACAAGUUCUCCCACAGGUGUGGCCACCUGGAUGGGGACCCCAAGGAGGUGUCCCCUGUGUUCACACAGUUUGUGGAGUGUGUGUGGCAGCUGAUGCAGCAGUUCCCCUGCUCCUUCGAGUUCAGCGAGCGCUUCCUGCUGGAGAUCCACGACCACGUCUACUCCUGCCAGUUUGGCAACUUCCUGGGCACCUGCCACAGGGACAGGGAGGAGCUCAGGAUCUUUGAGAAGACCCAUUCCCUGUGGCCUUUCCUCUUGCAGAGGAAGCAGGAGUUGAGAAAUCCUUUGUACAGAGGAUUUACAGCUUACAAAGAGCUUCAACCAAACACUCUACCUUUCAGUUUCCAAAACUCCCAAUCCUGGACAGCCCCUUGCCCAGCAAAGGCUGCACCUCACCCAAGGCAGGAGCUGCUGCUGCCAAAGCCCCAACUCCUCCCCAGGACUGUGCAGAGGGAGCAGCCCCUGUGCUGAGCAACGGCCCCUCCGUGGGGCAGCAGAAGCUCAAGGAGAGCCCGGCCCAGCCCCAGGAGCCCGGAGCCUGCAGGGAGGAUGGGCAGGCUCAGCACCAGGGAUGAGCUGUGGGAGCUGCUGGGAGAAGCUCUGGGGAGCUGCUGCAGCCCCCGUGUGCAGCUGAGUGUGAGUAGGGCUGGGGAGCAGCUGCUGGGGGCACCUCCUGCAGCUCAGGUGCUGCAGAGCUGCCAGGAGCCUGCCUGGCAUCCCUGGGAACUUGGCUGUGCUGAGGGGUAGGGCUGCCUGCCAGCUCUGCUGUUUGAGGCUGGAAGAAAUCUUGCCAACUCCAUGAGGAGCUGGGCAGUAACUGCAGGAGGAAGGAUGCAAAUCCCUCUGUUCUCAGUGGUGGUCCAAGGUCAUCUUAAAACAAGAAAAAAUUUCAAUCUGUCUUCAAAUGAUAAAACCUCCCCCAACCUUUCUUAGCUGUGAAUGAAUCUCUGCAUGGACCCUUGCCUUGUAGCAGAGCUGAUUCAUGUUUUGUUUCCUAUGCAUAUUUGUUACACAAAACCAAACCCCCUGUGCCUUCUGAGACUGUGUCUGUGUCCAGCCAGGCCGCUGCAGUUGGGGCUGGAGUUUGCAGUGUGCUCUUGGUCCUGUCUGUAGUCAGUGUUUGUGAGAGGUUUUCUUCUGCUGCAGUUUCUCCAGGGUUUUUGCUGUUCCUCUGAGUUCAGCAGCUUUUAUGGAGCUCCUUUAUUGAUGGGAGUGCAGAGCCAGCCCACAACACAUGGAUUUGUGAUCAGAGGAUUGGAAAUGAGGAAAGACAGCAGAACAUGUAUGUGGAAUUUUUCUCUCUUAUUUUAUGAUCUUGGUUAAACUGAAGCAAGAGAGUAACUCUGUUCCAAGGUGGAAUCAUUGAUGAGACAGCAGUUACAGAUGGGGCUGUGUUGUGGUAUUGAAAUGGGGCCUGAAAUGAUAAAAUCACUUGUGAGUGAUUCUAGGGAAUGCUCAGAGUGCAGGAUCUGUAGGGAUGUUUUGUCUGUCUCAUGAACAGUAUCUCUCAUGGCAGUGAACUUGGGAAGAAACAGAAGAAGCAAGGACUUCUCUGCCAGGGAUUGGGGGUCACAAAUGAGUGCUUGAAGGUCACCCAAAGAAUCCUUGGGAGAGGCAGGAGCAAAAGCAGGUUUGAUGUAAAAAAGUGUGACCAAAUUCAUUUGCAAGGUUCACUCUGUUACUUAUUAAAUGGUUAAAGCACACAGAGGAAAACUAAAAUGGAAAAUCAGGCAAUCUAAAACUACAAUCAACCAGCAUGGAGGCUGGGGAUGGAAAAGGGUCAGGAUGAAAUGGAAUGAGAUGAAAUGAGGGAGAUUCUCCAGUUGAGUCCCAGGGUUCAGAGUGGAGCAUCCUCCCAGACUGAGCCCUGCAAUUAUCAGCAGUUCAGGCCUGAAGCUUUCCUGCAAUCAGAGAAUCACUAGCAGCACUAACUCAACAGCAGAGUAAGAAUUGAACAAGGGGUUUGUGUGGAAUUCCCUGUAAGCACAACAGGAGCUCCCUUAGAGGCUGAACUCACAAACCCAAAGCACUCCACAGUCCAGGAGAGCAGCAUUGCCAGUGUUUGGCUCUGGCACAGCCCCAGGGAGCAGCUCCAGGUGUGUCCCUGGGGAAAAUUCCCCUCCAGUUCCCUGUAUAGAGAGCUGCUUUGAUCAGAGUCACUGCCCAGCCUGGCUGCAGUUUGGGUCAAUAUCUUCCUUUGAAAGGUCAAUAACAAAAAUGUUCCACUUGCCUUGUUAUUCAGGCAAGAAAAAUCAGAUUGCAGGGCUGGUGGCUAAACCCAGGGGUUUGUACUCCAGCCCUGGGAGCAGCCAGUGAGCUCCUGAUAAGCUCAGGGUGCUGCUGCUUAUCAAGGUCAAGGCCUGAGGACGUUUCUGAGGUGGUGGUGAGGCCUUGGGAGCCUGGAGGGUUCCCCUGCCCAGGAAAGCUGUGCCACUGUCCUUGUUCUGUGCUGGAUUGCACAGAUCCCCCUGGGCAGCUCUGUUCAGGAUGCUGCUCUGCCCUCUUCUCAAGCUCUUGUUUCAGUUAGGUGCUGCCAUUAAGUUUUCCAAUCAGAUUUGCUCUUUUAUAAAAAGUUUGGAAGCCAAGUGAAAAUAUUUGAGCCUUCCCAAUCUCCAGUGAAAGCAGAAACAUUCCAUUGUAACAGCAGAAAGUGCAAUAACUCUGCUCGUGUGCUUUUAACCCUUGGUGAAAUCUCUGGGUGGAUCCAGUGUCCAAAACCCAACUCAAACCUCCCUCAGUGGCUGUUGUGGGUAAGAAAAUACCCAUUUUAUAAAGCACAUGAAAGAUCCAAGCAAAAAGACAGCACAGAGUUUCUCCACUGCCUGGAAUGGCAAAGAGGAAGAUUUUUAGUAUUGAGGGUUUGUCACACUUAAAUAAAGUUGUUAAAGAAGGAGUGGGAGCUGCAAGAGUGAUUGGUUAAAAAUGGAACACUGGAAAUACUGCCCCAGGUGGGAGUGAUGGAUCAGCCCUGCCUUUCCUUUCCAGGGGCAAUGGGCAACACCCAUCCCCAAAUCUGAGAGAAAAUGGGGCAGGAAGCCAAGACUGGCUCUUCUUAGGACCAGUCAUUCUAUGGAUCAUCAGUUCUUUGAAUAUCUUUAAUAAAUUCUCUAAUUUUCAUUAGA